AUGGACCAAACAACGGCAGCGACAAAUACAACAACAACAACAACAACACCCACGAAAAAUGAAUCGACAGACGUCGAGCCAGGCAGCGUCGCAUUGUCGACAGCCUCCAUGAUUGUGUCCUUUGACGGCCCGGACGACAGGUACAACCCGCGCAACUGGCCGUUUUCAAAACGCGUCUAUACAAGUCUCCUCUACAGCAUGGCGAGCUUCGGCUCCGUCUGGGCUAGUACAGCAUAUGCCCCCGCCAACGAAAAGGUGGCCGAGCAGUUUGCCGUCUCGUCCGAGGUGGCGCUGCUCGGCACGAGCCUCUUGCUUCUCGGCUGGGGCUUUGGGCCGUUCUUGUGGGCGCCGCUGUCGGAAAUCUACGGCCGCAAAUGGGCCGUCCUGCUGCCGUACGCCGUGUCGACCGUCAUGUCCGUCGGCACGGCCACGGCCAAGGACAUCCAGACGGUGCUGCUGACUCGCUUCUUCACGGGCUUUCUGGGGACGGCGCCGAUCACCUGCAUGGGCGGCGUGAUGGUGGACUUGUGGGGGGCGUCGCAGCGCGGCAACGCCAUCGUGGGCUACAUGCUAUUGGUGUGCGGGGGCCCGAACCUGGCGCCCGUGGUUGGCGGCGCCAUUGUUUUAUGCGGCGCGAGCUGGCGGUGGACAGAAUACGGUACCAUCCUCGUUCUUGGCCUCCUGUUCAUCGACGAGACGUAUAGUCCUGUGCUGCUCACCCGAAAGGCCCGUGCGCUCCGCAAGGCCACGGGCAACUGGGCCCUGCAUGCGGAGUGGGAGGAAAAGGACAUUGUCUUCAAAGAGCUGGCGGUCCAGUUCGGUCUGCGGCCGCUGCAGAUGCUCGUCACGCCCAUUUGCCUGACCGUCUCCAUCUACGCGUCCUUCAUCUACGGCGUCUUCUAUGCCAGCCUGGCGUCCUUUCCCAUCCUUUUCCAGGACACCCGCGGCUGGAACAGCCUCGCGGGCGCGCUGCCCUUUCUGGCCGUGCUGGUGGGGAUUGUCGGCGGCGCCGCCCUCAGCUGGCACAGCCAGCAGCACUACAACCGCAUGCUCGCGGCCAACGGCGGCCGGGCGGUGCCCGAGGCGCGGCUGCCGCCCAUGAAGCUUGCGUCGUUUGUGCUGGCCGGCGGCCUGUUUCUGAUGGGCUGGGCGUCCACCCCCAGCGUGCACUGGAUCGUCCCCACCGUAGGCGUCGCCAUGAUGGGCUUCGCCUUUUACACCAUCUUCACGAGCGCCGUCAACUACAUCGUAGACACCUUCCACCGCUGGGGCGCGAGUGCCAUGGCGGCCAACACGUUUGCACGGAGCGUGUUUGCGGCCGCUCUGCCCUUGCUGGUGCGUCCGUGGUACGAGCGACUGGGCAACGGCUGGGCGUGUAGUGUCCUCGGCUGUUUUGCCGUGCUCAAUAUUCCUAUUCCCUUUGUCUUUGCCAAAUAUGGGCCACAGAUCCGAGCCCGGGGCAAGUACACAUCGAAUGUCACAUAG